AUGGCUCAGAAGGUGUCCGUGGGACUACAGCACACUUUCACCGGCGAUCUUGCUUCUUAUUACACUUCGGCAUGCACUUCCGGAUAUUCCUUCAUAUCGGUCGAUUUGUUCCACCCAAAAUCUCAGUGGAUCGCCAGACAUACUGACAACCUCUCUAUCGCUCCAGCUGCGCGAUCUGACUUAGCUUUUCAGAAGGAUGGAAAAAGCUUUGUUAACUGUGUUGUUGGAAAAAUCUCCGCUUCUAUUGACGUUGAUUCCGAUGUACACGUUCUUCGUGCUGCUAGUGAGACAGCGUUGGAGAAGGAGCUGAGCUGGGCUGCGCAUUUAGGCAUUGCGGCUGUCUCGAUCCGUCUAGUUCGUCAGACCAAUGUCAAUUUGGCACGGCUAAUAACUCGCUUUGUUCGUGAGGAGUACACACCUAUUCAACUUAAGGUUCAACUUCUUGUCACUGGAUCUUGUCGACAUGAUGUUGGCUAUGCUGCAUAUCAGCAGUACCUUAAUUGGCUGUGGAAGAAUCGCGGUGCAUUGGAAUUGUAUGAACAACAAUCGAGAGGACUAGAGGAUCAGCUUCAGGAACCACUACAACCGUUGAGGGAUAAUCUAUCAUCGGGUACUUACUCCGUGUUCGAAAUGGACCCCUACAAAUAUCGCGCAUAUGAAGACGCCAUCCACCAAGCUCUCCUGCACCGUUCUGGUCGAAGCAAACUCCUCAAGUGCUCUGGCGACGUAGACUCCACUUUGAUCGCACCGGAGGAUAGUCACCGUUCCGAUGCUUCAGAGGCGGUGGAUGCCGAGGCCCUUCUAGUAGUCAUGGUGCUUGGUGCCGGCAGAGGUCCGCUGGUUCAUGCAACACUCAACGCUGCUGAGCGAGCCAGGUGUCGUGUGCGGAUUUACGUCGUGGAAAAGAAUCCUAAUGCACUAUAUACCUUACAGGAUCGAAUGACCCAAGAAUGGGCUGGUCUAGAUGUUCACCUGAUUCGCGGAGACAUGCGGAACAUUAAGGUCCCGGAAAAAGCCGAUAUCUUUGUCAGCGAGUUACUUGGUUCUUUCGGCGACAAUGAACUGAGCCCAGAAUGUUUGGACGGUGCCCAGCCCCACCUCAAAGAUGACGGUAUCAGCAUUCCCUGCUCAUACACUUCUUACCUGGCGCCGCUUCAUUCCUUGAAGUUUUAUGGCGAAACUAAGCGAUCUCGGGACCAGUCUGGAUUCUCAUCUCCACACGAAACUCCGUACGUUGUUGGUUUAACGAACUAUCAGCUACUAGCCGACCCACAAGAGACUUUCACAUUCCGUCAUCCGAAAGCAGACCUCGACGAACCAAAUUCUCGUUACGUUACCCACCACUUUCAAAUUGAGCAAGAUUCUGUAGUUCACGGGCUUGCUGGAUAUUUCGAAGCGACACUUUUCAACGACAUAACACUCAGCACCCAUCCGGCGAGGCAUAGUCCAGAUAUGGUCUCUUGGUUCCCGAUGGUAUUUCCGCUGGAUCGACCAGUGCAUGUGACUGCUGGCCAACGAGUCACUGUGCAUCUGUGGCGUGUGGUCUCUUCGCACCAUGUGUGGUACGAGUGGGCUCUCAGUGAACCGUGGCCGGUGCGAAUUCACAAUAGCGCUGGACACGCGUACAAGAUAGCUUUGUGA